UCGAGCCGGUGUGAUAGACAAAGCCAUGGUGCGACUAAGUAGAAUCUUACCUGAAAUUACAGUGAUUUCACGUGUACCAGGUACAUGGAUGCUGGUUAUAAGUGUUUGCAUGCUAGGUGCACACUGUAUGCCCCUGAACCCCUUCGGACAGCCACAGUUUGAGAAUGAUAAUCUGUGGAUAAAUCCGUGCAACGUUCAUAGUUAUAACGAAUCUAAGACAAACGAAAAUAAACACAUUACGCCAGCCCAACGACUAGACAAUCUUGACCGGAUAAAAAGUUCUAUCAUUCGCACAAUGCAGGAAAUCGACCGAAUUGCCAGUCAUUCCGGUAAGGACACAGACUGGAACACGUCCCAGAAUAAGAAAAAAUACAUGUUUUUGCAACAGUAUAAGAAGAAUCAAACAACAUGGGAACAUCGAGUGCAAAUUUAUUUGGCUUCCAUACAAGUGAUUUAUCAGAAACAAGUAGAGCUCGAAAGAUCAAAAAACUUGUUCCAACAACAAUCCCCAAAACUGCAAGAACUCCGCAAAAACGCCAAAGGGUUAUUAUGCGAGAUACAAGAGUAUAGAAACCAUUCCAAAAACGGAAACGAAAGGCAUAAAAACACCGGAAUCUCGGCAAAAGAGAUGAACUCAAUCAUUAAUUUCGACAUGACGGAAGAAGCAAACAUGGAGUUGCAUAAAUGGUUUCUAAAGUGUCGCUUCCGAUGCUUUUUAGAGGAUAUGGAGAAACACGUAAACAAUCUACUUGUUAAGUUCAGCAGAACAAAACAAACGAGAAAAGUUCGCACAACGAAGAAGCCAAAAACGAAACUGAGAAAUGGACAUAACAAAAAGAGCGAAAAGCUUCCCAAAAACAAAUGCUGCAAUGCCAGCAGUCAAAACUAAUUAAACCAAACCAGAAGAAAGUUCAACGUAAGGGCAAUAAAAAGUCAGCUUAGUAAUUCUAAAUUUCGUC